CCAUUGUCCAACUUGCAUCCAUUUCCCAAAUGACACAAUCCGCCGAGUGAAACUUUCCCCCACUCGUCCUAAACCCUAACCCCGGAACCUCGGAUCGAUCAGACACAGCUCCGCCGCAGCAAUGGCCGCCAUCUUCUCCGCCUCCGGCCGCCGCCUGCUCUCCACCGCCGCUGCGGCUGCCGAGUUCCCCGUCCCGAUGGCCCGCAUCCGCAACCUCGCCCGCGUGGGCCGCCUCGACGACAUCGACGCCGCCGUCGCGCCGCUCGUGCCGACCAACCCCAAAGCCGUGAUCUCCGCCCUCUCCGUGGUCGGCCUCUCCGACCGGGCCUCCGCCAUCCUCUCCACCAUCCCGUCGCCCACCGCCGAGCAUCUCAACGCCCUCCUGGCCCCGCUCCUCCGCCGCCGCCGCCUCGCCGAGCGCGUGCCUGCUCUGCUGGACGCGCACCCCUCAGCGCCGCGCGACGCCUUUACGUGGUCCAUCCUCGCCAAGUCCCUCUGCAUCACCAAAGGCGCCGACCACGCGGUGUACCUCCUCCACGGGGAGGAGCCGCCUUCCCUCCACCUCUACACGGCCAUCAUCGACUCCUACUACAAGCAAAAGAAGCCCCACCGCGCCGAGGAGCUGUGGCGCGAGAUGGUCGAGGAACGCGGCAUCGCGCCCGACGCUGCCGCUUACAAUGUCAGGAUCACCUACAAGUCGUCAACCGGCACGGUGGAGGAGGUGCAGGAGCUUAUCCGAGCCAUGGGCGAGGAGUCGGGGUUGCGGCCGGAUGUCAUCUCCUACAAUGGGCUGAUCCGGGUGCUGGGGCGGCACAAGAGGGUGGACGAGGCCCUGGAGGUAUACAGGAGCUUGCAGGAGAAGGGGGUGGAGGGGAACACUGAGGCGAAGUCGGCACCGGAGUGCGCAACAUACGCAUGCAUGGUGGGGGCGCUGUGCAGCGAGGGGAGGUUGUCAGAGGCGGAGGACGUGUUCUACGAGGGGGUAAAGCGCAAGAAGGUGGCAGAUCUGGGCACGGUGCGUAAGCUGGUAGUGGCUCUCAAGGAGGCUGGCAAGGGUCGGGCGGCGAGGCGGGUGGUGGCCGGGCUACGCAAGAAGUUCCCUGACCAGUUCGACGGUCCAUGGAAGGAGCUUGAGAAGGAUGCCGGCCUCACACCGGGAGCCAGCAACGAAGAGGAGGAAGUGGAGGAGGACGAGCAGCAGCCAGAGAAGACGGCGGCGGCGGUAUGAGCAUUCGGGGCAACAUCUGGAGGUGACCAUUUUGUACUUGUUUGAUGAAUCGUGAGGCAGUAUGCCGGUUUAAUAAGUACUCCAAUUUUUGCUGAGGUUACAAUAGACACUCAUACAUAGUUCUUGGAUAUGGUGCCUCGCGGCAGCAACGAUCCAUAGCCUAUAUUUGUGUUCCUGUUGUCCAACUGCCGACUUGCUACUGAAUGCCAGGGCCUUUUAGACGAAGUGCAUUCCUAUAUUGGUACUUGAA